AUGUCACCCAGUUCACGUUCGAGCUCUCGCCGAAACUCGUCUGGCGGUUUUAAACCCUAUACACGCGGAGUAUCGCCCAUUAUGCUCGCUUCUGUACCGGACGGCUGUCAGGACAAGCCACCAAACAGUAUGGAACGUCCAGGAUUCCCCACAUAUGCGCAGUACAAACAAGUCGAGGCGACCUACUUGAAUUCGCUUACCCCGCGCAGGCAAGGAAAGGCUCUUAUCUCUCAGGCCCUGUUUGAUAGAAUCUGGGACGUUCUUCACCAGCCGGACUCGCAAGGGGAGACUGCACAGUUCCGCUUCUGGGCACGGAAGAUGUUCACUCUGAGCAAGAACCACCGUGUCAGUCUCGGUGUCGACGAAAACGGAGAGGAGGCUCCUCAGGAGGUGCUUCUUCAUGAUAAUCUUCUUGUCGCUAUACAGGAACAACUGUAUGACCUCCUAUGUUAUUGUCACGGAAGCACUGGCCACGGCGGUCGGGAUAAAACCUGCGCUCUCAUUCGAAAACACUAUACCUGGGUUCCCAAAGAUCUUGUCUCGAACUUUAUCAAAGCUUGCCCCACCUGCAUUAUGAAGAAAUGCGGAAACCCUGAUGGUGCAGCGGCGAUGGCUCAGAUGACGGAUUCUGCGAAGCUCGAUGACUCCCCCUUUCCUGUGUUUCGUGACUUUUUCCAGCAGAACAUGUAUCAUCCCGACAGUGUUGUCGCUGCUGCUCAUGAUUCUCCUAUUGGAAAUGAACAAGCUUUACCUUGGCCCAUGAUGGGAGAUGUUGGCGCUGGUACAAGCGCUGGACCCAAGGAGCUCCCUAUGCCUCCCUCGAUGCUUGAUCUUGGCGAUGGCACCAUGGAGUCUGUGUAUCGCAACGCUAUGCUUCGCUCUCGUAAGAAUACUGUGGGUGCCAACGGAACUGCUCCUAGAGGCUUGCAAAGCUAUCCCAUGGUCCGUGAAGUAUCUCUUUACAAAGGACUUCCGAACGGUUGGCAGUUUCGUCACAGCGACUACGCUGCCGCCCAUGCUGAGUUUAUGCGAACAAAAGACUUGCCUCAGGUCGAGGAGUAUACUGCCUCGGGCACUCGUGUCCAGCGGCCUCGUGUUCCCAGUAUUCUGCCACUCUGGGGCCCCGAAAGAUUUUCGAAUCCUGAGUAUGACGAACAUGAUCUAGCGGAUCAAACUCAAGAAAGUAUCUUGUCUAUGGACCGCACUAUGUCAUCGAGCCAGGCCGAUGAUGGACACUCCUCUGCGAUGACCAUGCACUAUCUGCUUAUGUCCUCUGACAUUCCUCCUGAAACAAAGCAGGAGAAGGAGGAGUACAUUCCACAUAUCGAUCCGUUGUUGAUGGGCUUCUCUGAGCAUGCUCCGUCGUCCUUGCCCACUCAAGACCAGCAGCAGCCAGCCAUUGAGCACGAAGAGCUUCCCAGCGCUUCUGAUAGUCAAGGUCCGGAUGCAGAGUCGCCCACCCUGGGAUCAAGUACAAACUUCCCUUCGUCGUCCUCCAUUAAGCGUGCCGCUGCUCCCCUACGCCUGAAUAUUGAUUUCCCGAACGAGAGGACCAUUCAAGCGCUGCUUGCUUACCGCGACAGCAUGGGCGAAGGCAACGUCACUCCCGACAGCCCUCUUACUGCUGCCUGGAAUGCGGGGAACCCCAGCCCUGCGAGCAGCGACAGUUCAUCAUCGAGCUCGCAACUCUCUGCGUUCCCUAUGAGCAGCACCGGGACCACACCGGGGAGCUCGGCACUCACCACCCCUGUUGACGAAUGCGGUGGCGAGGAUAAGAAAGGGGAAAGCUGUGGAUCCGAUAUAGUCGAUAAAGGAAAAGGAAAACAUGUUCUUUCAGAGGUUGGGGAAGCGACGUUAAGUCAAGCCAUUGAGGCUGCUUGUGGGAUAUGA